GAGUGUGUUAUCUGUGUUAUCUGUGUUAUCUGGUCUCUGCUGGAGAUUCCCCCCUCUCUCGGCGCUCCAGGUCGGGAGCUGAUCUCCAGGGUAAUAUCAUCUACUCCGUAGUGAAGGAGAUAUCUGAUGCUGGGUGGAGGCGCACCUGUUGCACACAGACGCUGAGCGUUACUCAGGUACUCAGUGCUGCGUGCCUCCACUCGCAGGAGCGCGGCUCUUCACAGGAAUUUAGUGACUGAAUUCAGCACACCACCACGAUGCCGCGUCGGAAAAGUGAUAUAGCCAUAACUAUGGACGACGUCGGAAUGGAGUUUGAUGGUGAAUACGACAGUGAAAAAGACGACAUCUCCAACAAAAGAGCCAGAGGUGGGAAAAAGGCCAAACCACCUGCCCGAGGAAAGAAGGCCAAGCCUCCAGAGAGCGAGGAGGAUGACGACGAUGAAGAACCGGCUCCUCGCAGACGGAAAACCAAAAAGAAGAAAGUGGACAGCGAGGAGGAGAGCGAGGACGAGCGUCCCCGCGGACGAGCCAAAGUGGCGAGCAGGAAGAAAGCAGCCGCCAAAGCCGAGGACUCUGAGGACGACAGCGAGGAGGAUAAAGGGAACAGGAAGAAAGGAAAAGGAGCAAACAAGAAACAGAAAGAGGAAGAGAACAAGGAGAGGAAGGCCAAUGGGAAGGCAGCUGGAAAAGGAGGGAAGGAAAAGGGUGAUGACAAGAAGAAGAAAGGAGAUUCCAGCAGCUCGUCCGACGACGACUCGGAGGCUGAGUCUCUGUCAGAGGGGGAAAUGGCUCGGCUAAAAGAAGAAGUGGAGGAGAAGAAGAAACUGAUCCAAACUCUCCGCAACAAACCGUGGCGCAUGAAGAGACGACUCAAAAGCUUGAAGGAGGCCCAGGGGUUCGUGGAGAAGUUUGAAGGUGCUUUGGGAAAAGGAAAGGGAAGAAAACUCUACGCCUUCAAGGUCAUGAUGGCCAAGAAAUUGAUCAAGUUUAAUCGAGACUUUGAGAACUUCAAGACAGCCUGCAUUCCAUGGGAGAGGAAGAUUAAAGAAGUGGAAAGUCAUUUUGGCUCUUCAGUAGCCUCCUACUUCAUCUUCCUCAGAUGGAUGUACGGCCUCAACCUUGUUCUCUUUGGGUUCAUGUUUGGGCUUGUUGUCAUUCCUGAGGUCUUAAUGGGUUUACCAUACGGUACCAUCCCCAGGAAAACUGUCCCCAGAGAUGAACAGGAGACCGCCAUGGACUUCUCAGUACUUUUUGAAUUUGGUGGUUACUGCAAGUACUCCGUUAUGUUUUAUGGAUACUUUAACAACCUGAAUACCAUUGGACUCCUCAAGUUUCGGCUGCCGCUUUCGUAUUUCCUGGUGGGAAUAGGAAUCUUCGGAUACAGCCUGAUGGUUGUAAUCAGAACGAUGGCGAGAAACGCCAAUGAAGGAGGCGACGGGGCCGACGAGAGCGAGUUCACCUUCUGCUGGAAGCUCUUCACCAGCUGGGAUUACCUCAUUGGAAACCCCGAGACGGCUGACAACAAGUACGCUUCCAUCACAACCAGCUUCAAGGAAUCGAUCGUGGACGAGCAGGAGAACCAGAAGGAUGAGAACAUCCACUUGAGGAGGUUCCUCCGUGUCCUCGCCAACCUACUGAUCAUGUGCAGUCUGGGGGGCAGUGGAUAUCUCAUCUACUUCGUCGUGAGAAGAUCACAAGAAAGUGCUAAACUAGAUCCUAGUACUUUAACCUGGUAUCAGAAAAAUGAGGUGGAGUUUGUGAUGUCGCUGUUGGGUCUGGUGUGUCCGCCUCUGUUUGAGACGAUCGCAGAGCUGGAGGACUAUCACCCCCGUAUCGCUCUGAAGUGGCAGCUGGGACGCAUCUUUGCCCUCUUUCUGGGAAAUCUUUACACCUUCCUGUUCGCCCUGAUUGAUGACGUCAAUGAGAAGUUGGAGAAAGAGAAGUUGAUAAAGAACGAAACUGAAUAUCUUCUGGAACAGUACAUAACUAACUACACCCUGUACCACAACGUGACCGAGAGCGAGGUCCCCCCGCAAAACAUCGACCCCGCGGACGUCAUCAGGGGCCCCUGCUGGGAGACUGAAGUGGGCAUAGAGUUUGUGAAGCUCACGGUGUCGGAUAUCGAGGUGACAUACCUGACCAUCAUGAUCGGAGACUUCAUGAGGGCGAUAAUUGUGCGAUUCCUUAAUUACUGCUGGUGCUGGGACCUGGAGGCUGGCUUUCCAUCAUAUGCAGAGUUUGACAUCAGUGGAAACGUCCUUGGGCUGAUUUUCAACCAGGGAAUGAUCUGGAUGGGUGCCUUCUACGCCCCUGGGCUAGUGGGCAUUAAUAUUCUGCGUUUGGUGACUUCCAUGUAUCUCCAGUGCUGGGCGGUGAUGAGCAGUAACGUUCCUCAUGAACGAGUGUUUAAAGCUUCCCGCUCCAACAACUUCUACAUGGGCAUCCUGCUGCUGGUACUGUUCCUCAGCCUGAUGCCUGUUAUCUACACCAUGAUGACCAUGUCUCCAUCCUUCGACUGUGGACCCUUCAGUGGGAGAGAGAAGAUGUACGACGUGGUGAUUGAGACGAUCCAGAACCUUCCUUCGUUCAUGGCCAGCAUCUUCACCUACGCCUCCAACCCAGGACUCAUCAUAUCCAUCGUGCUUCUUAUGGUGUUGGCUAUUUACUACCUGAACACAGUCUCCAAAGCCUACCAGAAAGCCAACGUGGAUUUAAAGAAGAAGAUGCAAAUGCAAAGAGACGAGGAGAAGAACCGGAGGAACAAUAAGGACAGCACCAAUCAGGUGAUGAAGGAUCUGGAGGAUCUUCUGCCCAACAAAUCUUUAAUUCCUCCACCUACUGAAGAGGAACCAGAGACUCCAGCUAAUCAAGCCCCGCCCAACAAAUCUCCGAAGGUGAUGGGGAAGGCGGGGACAGCAGCCGGCGGGAAGGGCGUAAACCUUCAGAGGGACGUGUCGCUGGCUGCUGCCAAUCCCCGGGCACCAGUCACCCGCUCACCGGGCCCGAGGACUCCAGGACCCCUGCCUGGGGCCAGCCGCGGGAUGCCCCCGGGACCAGGACCGGGACGAGGAAGAGGAAGAGGAGGACCUCCAAUGAGAUAAAAUUCAUUAUAACUAUAGAGACUGUCUGAAGAGCCACAGGGACACAUACUGACCUUCAAAAUUAAUUUCUUAAUUCAGAAGAAAUCUUUGGUAGUAUUCUUUUUGUUAAUGCUAGAGUAGAAUACACUGGCAUACCAAAAGUUAUGGGACAGGAGCUAGCAUCAAUCAUGUGUAUCAAUCCCGUGUAUGCUGCUAGCUAAAGACACUACAUUGAUCUGUGGGGUCACAUGUAUGUUUGCAAGGACUAUUGUAGCCAGAUGCCGCCGGUCACGAUAAUUACCAUUAUGAUAAUUACCACUAUGAUGGUGCACACAUGCCACUGAAAAUCGAGGAAUAUUAAAUGCCUAAACUGGCACUCACUAUCCGACAUUUCUCCCAUCAUCUCCCAUAAUUCACAUCACCUUACCAUGAGCAUGCUAGCCAGUUUUCCACCUCACUUACAACUUAACUCCUCACAACUUCACAAUCAAUUUACAUACUGCUGUCCCAUGACUUUAGGCAUGCCAGUGUUGAAAGGAGAGUGUUUAUUUGUACAUAGUUUACAAAAAUAAAAUGUUUACUUUUUGUUUAAUAACUUUAUUAAAAAAAGACAUUAUUUAUACAGUUUUAAAUAAUCCUUACAUUCGUUUAAAAUGUGAAGUGCUAUUGUAUAGUCCAUACUGUGCAUCAGUAAAUUCCACGUAAUUUAGCUACAGACUGCAGAGUUUACUACAAUGAUUAGUGUUUUAUGGAAUUAAGAGAAUUAGUGCAUGCAUUUUAUGCAUUUCUAGCUGCACAAGCUGUACUUUUCCCGACGUUACAAUAGCAAAGACACACUGACGCACCCUAAAUAAAGCUGCACGGUUCACGACUCACCUAUAGAUCGCUUAAAUACUGUAAGUCCCCAAGUUUCUUAAUUCUAAUCAAGGAUAGAUAGCUGACCCGAUGUAUUAUAAAAGCUAUAAUGUUUUACAGCAUUUUAGAGCAGAGUAUACUAACCGUUUUCUCCUACAGCUGGACAUCUUAAACUCUUCAAAUUGAGCCUGUACACCUGUUGCACUAUAACAUUUUACCCUGGAAUAUAGUAAAAGUAUUAUUACAUAUUGCCACUGUCGGGAAUAAAAUCGUUUUACAUUGACUUCCAUUAAA